AGCAGCCUUCCUAUGACCUCUUCUCUCCUCAGACCCACUGUGCCCUGACCAUCGAAGCAGUGACCUAUGAGACGCUGGAGAAAUCCAAGAAGGAGAUGAGGAUAUCAGCCAGGGCAAUGCUCAGAGCCCAUCGUGUGCCACGUGAUGCUAGAAUUAAACUGAUGAAAAGUUUUGCCCCUUUGUGUUCUCUGGUGCUGUUGGAUGGUCUGGAUACUUCGGUUACAAGAUUCAUUCUUAAUCACCCAGAGUUCUCCCAUAUCUUCAGAGUAAAGAGACAAAGGGGUUCUUGCUUCACACCAGAAGAUGCAGCUCUAGCUUCUGCUGGUAUUGGGAAACGUGAUCCUGAAAGUGGCCUGCUUUUGUCAGAGAGUUCAGUUUCAGCAAUUGAAGAGUUAAUACAAGCAUGUCGUGAGGAAGAUGAUGGUUGUCCUGUCAUUCUGGUGUGUGGCCCAAAAAGUAUUGGAAAAUCAACAUUUAACAGAUAUCUCAUUAACCUGUUGCUGAAUCACCUUCCUUGUGUUGAAUAUUUGGAAUGUGAUCUGGGACAGACAGAGUUUACACCACCUGGAUGUGUCUCCUUAAUUAAUGUGUCAGAGCCAUGUCUUGGUCCACCAUUCACUCAUCAGCGAAUGCCACGUAAAAUGGUGUAUUACGGAGAAGUUAGUUGUGAUCAGGAUACAGAAAGAUAUAUCGACACAGUAAAGUAUGUGUUUAACUCCUACAAGAAAGAAGUGCCUUUGGUCAUCAAUACAAUGGGAUGGGUGAAAGGUGUUGGAUUGCUGCUUCUGAUUGAUAUCAUUCGACUGCUGGCACCCAGUCAUAUUGUUCAGAUCAGUGUUGAAGACUUUAAGGAUAUGCCUCGUUUUACCCCAGAAUAUAUUAAUCUUGCUGCUGGCCUACAUACCAAAGGCAAACUACAGGGCAAGUGUAAAAGCAUGGAUGUGAGUGGAAUGGAGGAUUGGAAGCAGUAUGAAGGAGAAAGCAACUUUCAAACAUCGACUAUAGGGCAUAAAUUGCUGUGCAUACAACCAAAAUUCCCUGGAGCAGGGAAUGCUGGUGAAGCACGGGUCCAUAGCAGUAUCCUCCGGGAUGUGGCAAUGUUAGGUUACCUUGGCCAGCUUCAGCCUCUGGAAACAAGAUCAGUACUUCCUUUACACAGUCUGAUUCCCUAUCAGGUACCUUUCAAUGCUGUUGCGCUCAGGGUUAUUCACACUGAUGUUGCUCCUACACACAUCAUGUAUUCAGUAAAUGCCAGCUGGGUUGGUCUCUGCAGGAUAUUGGAUGAGGUCAGAUGUCAAACUGAUGGGCCAGUCUUGCUUACGCAGACGCCAGUCUGUGAUUGCUUGGGCUUUGGAAUUAUCCGAGGGGUUGAUAUGGAGAGGAUGCUAUACCAUAUUCUGACUCCAGUACCUCCAGAAAACUUAAGACUUGUAAACUGUCUGCUGCUGGGAAAUAUCACCAUUCCAAAUUGUGUCUUUACAAAUCAGGGAACUGAAGGGGAGAUCCCCUAUGUGACAUCUGAAUACAAUUAUGACAUUUCAGGAGCUGGGAAGUUGAAAAUGAAGAAGCACCUCAAGAGAAGAGAACACAGUAGAUCAUAAGCCUUAUGAGAGAAUGAAUUACAGGGUUUGUUUCAUAAUAAGGGGCCGGGAAGCUUCCCAGAGAACUUGGCACAUUCUUGGAACCAACAAAGGCCCCAUAGAACUGGGAGGAAGAGCAUUUAUCAUCCAGUUCAAAUUGUGCUUAACUGCUAACCGCUUACUUUUUAUACUUCCGUUAUGUACCUUUGUGUUUUAUAGUAAACUUCUAUUAAAAACUUCA